AUGAUUCUGUCAGAGGAGAUUAUUAAGUCCACUGCAGAGGCAACGAAAAGACAGAGAACAAAUCCUAUGUGGGCAGUCAUGAGGAAAAAUAGGAUUACUGCCUCCAACUUUGGAGCAGUGCUAAAUCUUAAGCGUAAACGACUCACUGCUUCUUUAAAGAAGCGUCUCAUGUCGUCCUACAAUUUAGAAAGUGUCAAGUCCAUUGCAUGGGGGAUAAUACAUGAGGAUGAUGCCCUGAAGAAGUACCAGAAUGACUUUGGUGCACUUAUUCAGAAAACUGGAAUUUGGCUUCAUGAAUCAGACGCUUUAGGUGCUUCACCAGAUGGUUUAGUUCUGCACCCCCCAGAUGGUUUAGUUCUGCACCCCCCUCUUUGUGAAGUGUCCUACCAGACUCCAGAUGCCAGGGCAGCAAUUCCUGAGUUAGUAGAAGUUAAGUGUCCCUACUCUGCUGCCUCGCUCUCAGUUGAAGAUCCUGUCCAUUGUCUGAAGGACUUCUACUUAGAAUUCAAGGAAGAUUCAUUGCAUUUGAAAACUGACCAUGCCUACUACCAUCAGAUUCAAGGUCAACUGUACAUGUGCAACAAAAACUGUUGUGACCUCAUGGUUUGGACCCCGGUUGACUGUGCCAUCAUCAGAAUUGUAAAGGACAAGGAAUGGGCAAAAAAUGUUACAGUUCUUGUUGAUUUUUACUUCAGUACCUUAUUCAGGCAUUAAGAGAGAACUAGAAACUUUCUCAAACUUCUAUGGUCUAUAUUUAGUAUAAUUAUAUGACUGUAUAUCGAAGAUA